CACAAAGGUAUAACCUGGGAAGUUUCAUCUGCCUGAAGUACAAAGGACUUCACCUCCACCUGCACAAAGGAAGGCAGUGAGAGAAAGUGACAUGGGACCCGAGAGCACCAUCAGAACGUGCUUCAGUAUGCAGCUAACAUGCAUUGUUCUUUUCCUGGGAAUAUUUGGCAUCCAAACUAUGUAUUGCCAUGGUCAAAUUGAUCCAUUGGCUCUUGGACGUGCAGAUCCUCAGUGCUGGGAGACAUCAACUGCCAUCCUUCUAGAAAUGAAAAAGCCACGGAUUGCAGACAGUGUGUCUGGUUUCUGGGACUUCAUGAUUUAUCUUAAAUCAUCUGAGAACGUUAAGCAUGGAGUUCUGUUCUGGGACCUGGCACAACUUUUUUGGGACAUCUAUGUUGACUGUGUGCUCUCCAGAACCCAUGGCCUCGGUAGAAGACAACUAGACGAAGAGGAGAAAAAAAUAACCAAUAUGAUAUCACAGUUCACAUCAAGUUUUUUAAGUGGAUGGAGGAAGAUCAGAGCUCAAGCACUUGCAGUAGGCGAGACAUCAACUUAA